CAUAAUCACCAGGAAAAAACAGAGAGAUCAGAAAUUUAAUUCACAGGCGAGAAAUUGGUUGGAAAAAUCAUAAAAAAUGUGUGCGUAGGACUUUUUGGAGGAGAUUUCUAUCUGCUCAGAGAGCACCACAAUCACUUAAUUUCUCAUUGAACCGACACUCGCAAACCAAACAAAAAAGCUAUUUUGGCGGUUCUGCAAAACUCUUUCCCCCAACUGAGACCGCAUUCAUUGCAAUUCAAAGUUCAAACCCCCCUCGAAAUCGCCACCAACUCCUACACGCAGAACACUCACUGGGACAGAGAUAUAUGGAGGAAGAGGGAAUUGGGUUGGUACUGGCUAGAGCCACAGAGCUUCGAUUCAAAAUCAGCAAUUGCAUCCACAAGGCUACCUCUACUCCAAGCCAUGGCCCUGAACAGGAAGAUGGAAAUAAACAAGGAGGAGAAGAAGGACAAGAAGAAGAAGAGGAGGAAGAAGAAGAAGAAGAAGAAGAAGAAAUGGAAAGGCUUUUGAACAUUUCCGAUGCCCUCCAAUCCCUCGAGACUCAGCUCUCUUCCUUGCAGACUUUGCAACAACAACAACGAUAUGAAAGAGAAGUGGCCCUUGCUGAGAUUGAAAAUAGCCGUAAGAUGUUACUUGAUAAGCUCAAGGAGUACAAAGGGAAGGAUUUGGAAGUAAUACAUGAAGCUUCUGCGUUUGCUUGUGAAACAGUAGAACACAACAAUGAUCUUCAGCUUCCUCCAUAUCCAAGCCGCCCUCCAAAGAACUCCCUUCACCUAGAGAAUGGCUACCUAACACAGUACCCUUCCACAUGUAAGCCUGUAAGAAAUGGAACAAUCACCAGUGAUCCAACAAAUGAAGCUAAGAAGAGUAUCAGCGAGUUAGAAAAAAGUCAAAAGCAAACUGGGACCCGGUCCCAAGGUUCUAGGAAAGGGUUGGGAAUUUUCAUUAGUGCAGCAAGCAAGACGGUGAUUACUCUUGUUGGUGUGGUAUCUGUGUUAAGCAUGUCUGGUUUUGGGCCUAAUUUUGCGAAAAAAGAUGACAUUUUCAAAGUUUUGGGCCUGUCUCGGCAACCAGCAGCUGACGAAAGGAGGUCUGGUACUCAAUGCCCGCCUGGAAAAGUCCUAGUAGUCGAAAAUGGGGAAGUUCGGUGUCUUGUUAAAGAAAGAGUUGAAGUACCAUUCUCAUCGGUGGUUGCAAAACCGGAUGUAAACUACGGGUGUGGCUAUGACAUGUGCUUUGGAAGAUGCAAAAUGCAAGAUCACAUUCUUGCACAACCUAAAUCCAGAUGGUUUGCUUGCAUUUAUAACUUACUUAAUAAUGCCAAUGUUUCAUUGGAUGUUUUCUCGCCAAAGACCAUGAACACUUUGGAAGGAAGAGGGUUCACAGAAGAGCAAGAAGCUCUGGUGGUGAAGUCAUGGACUGCAAUGAAGCCGAAUGCUGGGGAACUGGGUCUCAAGUUCUUCUUGAAGAUAUUUGAGAUUGCUCCAUCAGCUCAGAAGCUGUUCUCAUUCUUGAAAGACUCAGAUGUUCCCGUGGAACGAAACCCAAAGCUCAAGUCCCAUGCCAAGAUUGUCUUUCUCAUGACUUGUGAAUCGGCAGUGCAACUUCGGAAAGCUGGCAAAGUUACUCUGAGAGAGUCAAGCUUGAAAAAAAUGGGCUCCGUCCACUUCGAACAUGGGGUGGUCGAUGAACACUUUGAGGUUACAAAGUUUGCGCUGCUCGAAACUAUAAAGGAAGCAGUACCCGAAAUGUGGUCUCCGGAGACGAAGAAUGCGUGGGGAGAAGCUUAUGAUCAGUUGGUUGCUGCUAUCAAAUCUGAGAUGAAGCCUUCCUCUUAAAUAAGCUUAUUAUAUAUGCGCGCGUACGUGCCAUUGAUCGCGCGAUCGAGCAUGUGUAUUGGGGACAUUGUAUGCUAUUAUAAUUUAAGGACAUCAAGUACUACAAGUUCACACUUAUGCAAUGAAGAUUUACAUGU